UGGCGCUGGUAUCGUCUCGGUUUCAAUUGGUCAUUUGCGGCGCGCCCCCUCCUCGUACGCGCGGCUGCAAGACGAGGCGAGGAAGAGGAGGUGGGCGGAGCUUGUGGUUAGUCACUGCUCUGGCCUGGAGUUGGGAAGACGGAUUUAACAUUAUUUGUAAAGAUGAGGCUGAUAAUCGUGGUGGGUCUUUGCCUACUGGCGAUGUGCUCCGGGCGACCUCAGGACACUUGUGACGGUCAUGAUUGUAGUACCGCCUGGCACGACCCAACCACCACCACGACCACCACCACCACGCCAAUGACACACCCUUCCACCACCGAGGGAGGCACUACCGCUGAGGGUCUGGCAGCAAAGGCAGGAAAGGGUCUGGCGAGGCAGGGUGACAUACGUUCCCCACUUGGCCCUAUCCCCGUCCCUAGACCACUUCCCUUUCCCGGGCCUAUUCCUCCUAUUGAACGAGUUGCCUUCUCCGUGAGGAAAGCAGUGACUACAAGGGCUCGCGGCAGAGUGGAGUUCCGGACCGUAUUGACUAAUGUCGGACGUGGCUGGAGCCAGGGUCGGUCCGUCUUCCAGACUCCGUUCAGCGGCGGUUACUACUUCUCCUUCCAUGCCGUGGCCGAGAAAUCGGAAGACUUCACCAUGGGUUUAAUGAGGAAUCGCGUUUACCAAGUCACUGCUUACGGCACCAGCGGCGACUACCAGCACGGCUCCAACUCUGUUUUCCUGGAGCUGCGGCGCGGAGACCAGGUGUACUUGGAGAUCCAGGAAGGGGAGAUUUACGAGCACCCGGGCGACGAGGCCUACACCAGCUUCACGGGCUUCAUGGUCUACCAAAACUAACUGCAAACUUUGUGACCGUACGCUGAUACCGCCCUGACUGUCUGUGGUUUAAUAAUAACUUAUUAAAAUAAUAUUUGAUCA